CACAAGUACAUGACAUGAGAGACCCUCCGUUUCCCUCGAAAUGUCAAAGGGAACGGAACCGGCCAAGACUUGCGCAACACUGGAGCAGAAUUUUCAUUUCCCCCGUGAAUUUCAUUCAUCUCCUCAAAUAUAAGUAGCAGCACCAAUUAGCAAAGCAGAUUUGGCUCAAAAAAACCAAAAGAACAAAGGAAAAAGCGAGUGCUCUGUAAAACAAGCCGGAAAAAGCCAGAAACCCAUCUGAAAAUGAGUACUUUGAAUGUGGUUCCGUGGGUUCAGACCUACCCUGUCUUUAAGCAAGCAACAAAAUCUGGAUCCAUUCCCAUAGCCGUACCCAGAUCCCCAACUUUUGGUCCUUUCAGCAGAUUCAGUCUUCCAAUGGUGUCGUCCCUGAAAUCCUGUCCUGUUUCUUCUGUACCCUUUAUCUGCUCGGUACUUACAAGGGAAGCUUUCACGGAGGGAGCAGAGCAAGACCCGCAAAACCCCGCCUUUGAUUUCGAGUCCUAUAUACUGCAAAAGGCGAAUUCUGUCAACCAAGCCCUUAAAGCCGCCGUUCCACUCCGGGAACCUUUGAAGAUCCACGAAGCAAUGCGUUACUCUCUCCUUGCAGGGGGGAAGCGCGUGAGACCAAUACUCUGUAUUGCCGCGUGUGAACUCGUCGGCGGCCGGGAAUCGAUGGCGGUGCCGGCAGCUUGCGCCUUGGAGAUGAUCCAUACCAUGUCGCUCAUCCACGACGACAUGCCGUGUAUGGACAACGACGAUCUUCGCCGAGGAAAACCCACCAACCACAGAGUAUUUGGCGAGGAUGUCGCCGUUUUGGCCGGCGACGCGCUUCUCGUUUACGCAUUCGAACACAUGGCAGCGUCAACUGUUGGUGUCACGCCGGCACGGAUUGUGCAAGCGGUUGGGGAAUUUGCGAAACUGAUUGGCUCUGAAGGGUUGUCUGCGGGUCAGGUUGUGGACGUAAGCAGUGAGGGGCUUAGCGAUGUGGGAUUGGAGCAUCUAGAGUUCAUACACUUACGUAAAACCGCAGCUUUGCUUGAAGCCGCGUUGGUUCUUGGGGCGAUUCUCGGAGGCGGGUCGGAACAGGAGCUGGAGAGAUUAAGGAAAUACGCCAGAUGUAGCGGGCUUAUGUUUCAGGUGGUGGAUGACAUUCUAGAUGUGACAAAGUCAUCCAAGGAAUUGGGAAAAACCGCCGGCAAGGAUCUGGUGGCGGAAAAGGUGACUUUCCCGAAGCUGAUGGGGAUAGAGAAGUCCAGGGAAUUUGCUGAGAAGCUGAGGAGUGAUGCUGUGGAGCAACUUGGGUGUUUUGAUGCCGAGAAGGCCACACCUUUGAUUGCUUUGACCAACUACAUUGCAUACAGGCAGAAUUAGUCAGCAGGGAAUAUAUUGUUCGUUAAAUCCUUAAUUUGCUCCCUAAAGUAUUGUAUAGAUCUUUAAUUUGGUCCCUGAACUAAAAAAUCUCUGAUUUGGUCCUUAAACUAUUGUAUGGACCUCAAUUUAGUUUUUACUGUUUACCAAUUUGCCCCAAAUUAGUCUUUCCAUACAAAAAAAAAGCAAACGUGUCUAAUAUUUAACAAUGAAAAAUAGUAACUUAACGACAGAAAACAGUAACUUAACGAUCACGUGUCACAUUAAUAACGAGACACGUCAACU